AUGCCAGAGUAUACCCAUCAACCACUUCUGGAUUGGAAUAGUUGCCCAGCACAAUUAAAUGAUUUGAAAACGGUACCCAUAUCCAGCAUCAAGAAGCUCCAUGUCUAUGAUUUCGACAAUACGUUGUAUAACUCUCCCCAACCGACCAGAGAAUUGUAUAGUAGAGAGGUAUACCAGCUUGUGCUACAUGGGUUGGAAGGUAACAACAAUGGCCCUUAUUGGUGGUCAGAACCAUCUUUUUUGCAACAAUCAUUUAAGGAUAGUUUAGGUACUGCUUUAUACAAAUACUGGAACGAGAAAGUGAUAAAAUUGGCUAAGAUGUCAUACGCUGAACCUGAUACAGUAUCUAUCUUAAUGACGGGAAGACGACAGGAUAAAUUUAAAGAAUUAAUAUCUGAUCAUUUAGAUUUGACUCGAGCCAUUUGGAAUUUUAGUCAUUCAGAAUUGGAAUUUAAUGCUGUUGUGUUAAAACGACCCAUUGAUGGAGUUGAUGUGUCUACCAUUGAGUAUAAGAAGAAAUGCUUAGUAGACUUUAUUAAAUUUUACCCGAAUUUGGAAGAAGUUACAGUUUACGAUGAUAGACGUAAUCAAUUACUUAAAUUUAAAGCAUUCUUCAAUGAACUGCCCCAUAAGAAUAAUUUUCAAUGGUUCGUUAUACCGGUACCACCUAGAACCGUUAGACUUGUUUCAGAAAGAGAAUACAAAUUCGUCAUGGAAAUGUUUGAUUCAUAUAACGCACAUAAAGAUCCACUCAAACAAUUAAACGUUGCCUGGUCAGCAAGACAAACUGGAUAUUUUCUAUCCGUGAACGCACAAAGGGCAGUACUUCAAUGGUCUUUGAAUUUUCUUAAGAGUAGGAAUAUGGAGAGUGCUAAUAAACAUUUAUCUCGAUAUCCAAUGUUUAUCCCCAGUAUGUUACUAAGUAGUACGAUGCCUCAAAUGGAAAUGGUUAACGUUUUGACAAACAACUCUAAAGCUAUACUCAAAAAGAGAGGAGGUUGGAGAAAAGUUAUCGAAGAUUUUUAUGGUCAAACAGGAGAGACUGUUGUAAGAAUUAAAUUUACUGUCACUAAAAUUGGUAUACGAUUAUCUUCAUUAGAUGACAGGAGUCCGAAGUUGUAUUACUUGGCAGAGCCUACCAAUUCCGACCAAUAUGUCUGGAACUAUUAUUCAGAAUUUAUAAUCAUUGGUGUAGAUGAUGCUUAUUAUAGAGACGAUGUGACAGCAUCCGUCCUAGAUAACCCAAAGAAGGGAAUUCGAUGGUAUAAACCUCCCACCCCACUAAACAUACAAACAUAUUUUGGUACAUGUGCUCAAUUGAAGAUAAGAAGAUGA